AUGGCCGACCAACAGACACCGGACACUUCCAGCAGCACAGGGACUUCCUCAAGCUCGCAGAGCCAGAGUGUCCCUUCAUCGGCGAGUAUGGAUUCGGCGGGAACAGCUGCUACACUUCCAACCCAGGAUGCUGUCGAUGGAAUGUCGGAUGAAGAGGAACUAAAGAUGUCAAGCUGGGGAAGACUAUUCCCGUUGGGUAUCGGCUUUGAAAAGAUUGGUAAGCGUUUGAUAGAGCAGACAGACAUGAAAAUCUAGAAUUUUCUUACCUCGGAAGAUAGUUUUUAUAGCUCCCUUUUCUAUUUUAUGUAUGUAUCAUUGUGAUCUGAGGGCGAUUUGAGUGAAGUUUGCCUGUUUGAAAAUAUAAUCUCGCGCGCGUUCAUGAUCAUGACAGGAAAAUGGAACAGAAUUCUUAAGGUAAUUUCCUGUAAUUUACAGGGUCACUAGAAUGUUUUGAUAACAUGAUUAUCGGUUAUGUUAUUUUAGGGAACAGAAAACGAUUGUAAAGAGAAAACCGUCGAAUUUUACAAUUUGGCUAAAAACAAGCGACCUGGUGCUUGACAGUGGACUGGUUUUAGACUCAAUGAAGACGUUUUUCUUCAACACCACCUUACGGUCUUACCUUAAAAUAUUAUCGUUGAAUUAUUGAAUGAAAAGAAAAAUUUUCACAGUUAAAAACAAAAAUCUUUGAGGGAGUUCACAAGCCAGUCUAACAUAGCUCAAUGAGAUUUCAUGAAUGCAGAACCAGUUCCAGCUGCUUGGAAUUUUGGGACUCUGCCACACAAGGUUGUACUGUCUGACAAGUGACCCUCUUGGCUGGAACCUAUCCCAGUCUCCACAAAGUGAAUAUUGCUCAUACCCCCCCUCCCCUCCCUUUCUUUGUAUGGAAUGCUUGUCAAUCACUACUUGCAUCUGGCAUUUUGUCAGCUUUCUUUGACUGUUUGCUGGUACCUGUUUAUUGCUCUGGUUGGAGAGAGGCACAGCAAGGGUGUAGUUUGGAGGGUUCUUAGGGUGCCUGUGACCUUCCCAUUGUAAGCCAGGUGGCAAAAACUGGUGAGUACCCUCUGUUUAAUGGUGUGACCCCCUCUUUGAAAAAUCCUGGCUACACCCCUGUCCUUGUAAUAGUGUUACAACAACCCAGCCUGAACCUAAAACUGGAGCCUUGCAUCUACACUCCAUCUACAAAUGCUAUUAUUAGUAAGAUGAGAUAUUUGUUUAUUUCUUGUAUUGCUCUAGAUCUUGAAAAAGAUGUCAAUACAUUUGGCCGUGGCACCAACAAUGACAUCUGCUUUGAACCCAGAGCAUUUAAGAAGAAUCCACAAUAUCAGGCAAUUAGUACAAAACAUUUUAAAUUAUACAGGGUAGGUAUGUGCAUUGUACUAUUUAUCAAUAAUUCUGUUCAUUACAAUUGAGAUCUUUUUAAUAUUAUUUGAAAUUGGUUGAAAGGAGUAUAUGUAUCUCAGACCUCUCUCUCUCUUCCAUGUUUUAGGAGUUUGAUGCAGAUGGGACAUUUAACGUGUUCCUUACUGAUCUUAGGUAAGUCAUGCAGGUGCUAAAAGUUCUUUCAAACUGUGACAGCAUUUUGAAUACAAUAAUAUUUUUUGUAAGACUUGUUACAACCAAGUGGAGACACCACAUGUAUGAGGUUUCUCUAAAAUCAUGGCCUCAAUUUCAUUAACAGUGUCAUGUUUCAUCAACUGAUAUCUUUAUUUGAAAAUUAAAAACAUCUCAUUUUUCUGCUUUAUUUUUCAGUUCAAAUGGAACUUUCAUUAAUGGGCAAAAGAUUGGUAAAUUACUUAUUUUUUGUUAACAUCCUCGACAACAAGCAGCUUUAGAGUUGAUUGUUUUCCACUCACCAUUUUAUCUGCUUGAUUUUAAUGGAUGAAUGUCUAUUGUGUUAGUUCUUCCCUCUAAUUGACUUACAGCAUGUGGUUGACCCUGUUUUUAUUUGAUGCAUUGUAAUAAUUAACUUUCAAACUAUUAAGGAAAAUCUAAUAGAUGGCUCCACCCAUUACCUGCAAUCUACUAGUGUCCCAUCUGCUCUAAGGGACUGCUUGCUAAUAAAAUCAGGAUAUAAAUUUCAACACUUACUAUGGCAAACAAACUGAUGACCUACCCUUUAUUCAUUUAUAUUUCCUUAACCAAUUGUAUUUUGAAGUGUUACUGAUUUUCUUAUGAAGGUUGGAGGUGAAAGAAUGAUGUGAAUGGUUGUGAUGAAGUGUUUGUUUAAAUUUCACUUUGUUGGUUUUUUUUUUUUCAUUUAUACUUUAGGUAAAAACAAUACACAACCAUUGAAUAACAAUGAUGAGAUAUCUUUAUCUUUAAAGAAACACAAAGGUACAAGUAUAAGUAUAUUAAAUAUGACUCAAAGAAAAACUCGCAAGAAUUUAACUUAUCAUAAUUAUUCAUAAAUUUAGUGGAUCUUUUCAGCAAUGUUUUAUGUCCCCCCCCCUUUCUCUAUUAAGGCCUUUCCCAGUCUCUUCUCCAUUGAUUCCUCCUCUCCAGUGAGCCAUCUCUCUCUGAAAAGUCCUCCCUUGUUCAAGUUCCCCUCCUUAACAAGUUUCCCCUUUCUCAAUGUCCUCUCUUUUAUUUAGUUCUGCUUUCUACAUUUUAUCACCUCACCCCUCCAAUAAGUCCUCUGGUGAGUUCCCCUCUCUAACAAAUCCUUGUCAUCUCUAGAAUUUAUAGCUACUUGACUGAUGUCUGGCCAUAAGUCUCUUGAAAUAUUUGCUUUUCUUUUCUUUUUUUCUCUCACUAUAGCCUAUGUAUUUCAGAACAUUAAUCAAGCUGACCAGGAAUUCAGUUUACUACCAGAGGUGAAGCUCAAGUAGUUCUUACAGAGACUAGGUACUUUUUAGGCCAACAUUUUGGACAGCAGAAUCAUAACAUUGUUUGUUUUUCUGUAGGAUUUGAAGGAGAAGUAUGUUAUGUCCAGAUUCCUUGGAAGGUGAGUGUAGUUUGGGUUAAGACUGUUCCAAGUGACAAAAACCAUUAAUUUCCUCACCCCUUUGAAUACAGUGUUUCACAUCUGAAGACCUUUUCCAUGUCAUUUUUUCUUUAUUGAAAUAAACAAUUGGAUCUCAUGUCAGUAUACAUUCAUUGCAAUAUGAAGCACAUAUGAAGUUUGGAGAGCACAAGAGAUGCAUAAGAGUUGCUCAGGGCAUAGCUGAGAGCAACCCUGGUUAGCUCUCCAAAUGCUUCUCCAACCUUCUGGUCACCUUCUAUCUCAAUGAAUGUGUGGUUGGUACAUGAACUAAUUGUUUCAUAACAUUUUCACACUGGUGAUUCAGUUUUAUUUAAAGAGAAGUUACCUCUGUCAGGGCUAAAAAUUGGCAGUUGCACAGUCACCAGUGGCGAGUUAAAACUGAGCAGGGCCACCAAAGGUUAAGGUUUGAAUGCCUGAUGUGUGACUAUGCUACAGAAUUUUGAAAAGUUGCAAUGUAAAUUAUGCAAAGUACAAAGUUAAAAAUAAAAAUCACUGUGUAGUUGGACUACCUUUCUCUUCAUUUCUUUACUUAGACUCUAAAAGCAUCCUCUUUAGUGAAUUUUUUAGUUCUGAAGUGAAAAUUCUGAGCCAUUUUAAAAGUGAUUUCACAAGCUUGUUCUUUCCUUUUAGUUAACGCUCCAUUAAAAGCCAUGGGGUGUUUAUUCAAGUUUUGUGUUUUAAACUAGAGGAAAUCAAUGGCUACUUCAUUUUGUGAUGGGCCACUAAGAAUUCAAGGAAACUGGAGUACUGGAGUUAAUUUUUAGCCCUGCCUCUGUUAUGCCCCAAUGAGUAAAUACAUAUCAUCAGUGUUCACAAUGGGGAAAAAAACCAUGCUCUUGUAAUUAAAAUUGAUGGCAUGGAUUUACAAGUUAGGUUAUAUAUGAAGUCAAUGUUAGCUUGUGCUGUGGUUAAAUAGAGUAUGAUUUUAUAACUGACUAACUGGUGAACUAAAAAUAUGCUAGACUAGCAGACUGGUUGACUGAACAACUGGCUGACAAAGUGACUGACUGGCUGAUGGGUGUAGUUACUGACUGACAGACUGAAUGGAUGACUAAUCUGUAACUGACUAACUGACUGAUUGAUUAACUGACUGACUUACUGAGUGACUUACUGUCUGACUAACAGACCAACAGAUUGACCAACUGACUGACUUACUGACUGACUAAUUGACUGACUUACUGACUGAUUCAUGAAUAAUUGGUUUGGUAGUUGGUAUGCUACACUUUGCUGGAUUAAGGGAGCAAUCAAUCUUUACUAGCAUUCUGUUAUUGAUGUAUCUAUUGAAGCCUCCCUAACCCUAAGUAGUUGACAGUGGAUAAGGAAAUCUUAUGAUCCUCUCUGAGAUAAUAACGACAAAUUAUAAUGAUUAACACAAAUGUAAAAUAUUUUUCUUGCCUAUAUUUAGGGGUGCAUGUGGUGAAGUUCGCUUAGCUUUUAGCAGGGGGUCAUGCAAAAAAUUUGCUGUCAAGAUUAUCAACAAAAAGACAUUUUCUGUUGGAGUAAGUGUCAAGCUUAUCAAUGAUAUUCUGGUUAUUAUUGUAAUUGUGAAGAGAGAUACUCUGGCAGGCUUUUUUUACCUUUGUAAUACUUUUCUCUCACAUUUGGCUUAGUACUUAAACUUGAGAUGUGUUUCUUCCAAUGGUGCAUGUACAUGUGACUAGAGGUUGUGCCUUGCUCAAGAGGGGGGUUGAAAAAAGAUCUAUAGCUUAUGUUAUAUGCCUCUAAGUUUUGUAAUGAACUUUAUUAUGUAUGUUUCUGUUCAAACUUUCAUUUCAGCCCAGGCAAGCAGCUCUAAGAGAUGAGGUGGAAAUAUUGAAGAAGCUUCAUCAUGUAACUAUGAUACUUGUCCUUUAUCAGUACCACCUCAUGUAUAUUCUGACUCUGAAUGGUUUCGUUUUUGAAUGUAUCCAUAUGUUUACUUAAACCAAACGCAGUUUGUUCCCAUGGAAGAGGAGGGUCUUCCCUUCCUAGCCAUGAUUGGUGCAGUUCUAAAAGGUAGAGUGUUCAGCCCUUUUGGGUCUAAAAAUGAGGAUUCAGUUAACCAUCUUAGUCUGAAUUUUAUCAAGAAUGUGGGAUUGGGAUUUUUUUCAGCAGAGUCCACUUUCUUGUAUUUCAUGACAGGUCUUAAGAAAAGUAAGGGUUUCAAGAAGAUUUGGCAGACAAUAACAUUAUUUCUUCACCAGCGUUUUGUAACAGUUUUAAAGCCCAUUCCAUAAUUAUUUCUAUUGGCAUUUUGUCUUUUUCUUUCCAUCACUCAAGCCAAUCUAUCUUUUCCAUUCUGUUCAUUUCCAAAUGUUCUAAUGAUACAUUUAACUUUUCUGCUUGUUAUUAAUAUUUGUAUUUUAUUUAAAGGAAAUGAAUUAUCAACCUGUAAUAGACUAAUACAGAUUGCUUAUGGACUUCAAUUGUACCAUCUCUUUCAGCCUUGUGUGAUCCAAAUUGGAGAUGUGUUUGAAACUGCUGAAGUCCUAUACAUCUUUUUAGAACUGUAUGAGUCAAAUUUUUGCUAGAUUAAAAAAAAACUAGAUUUGUUAGUGUUUUAGGUCAAUAUUGAGAAUUUUGCACGACAUCUUAUUGCGAGCCAUCAAGAGGUCUGCAAGGGAUCUAGAAAUGAGAACCAGACCCCAGCAAACCUCUCCCUGACUUGUCUAUGCAUCGCUAUUCAUGAUGCUGCCAGGCUAACUUCCAAUCAGAACAAACAGAGCAGUCAACAAUCCAAUGCUGCUAAAUCAAAGCGAUAGGCAUGCAAAGUCAGUUAGUGUACAUGGGUCUCAAAUGAAUUUCAACCAAUACUAAAAGAGCUUCAGAUACUAAAUAUGCCAAGAAUUCAGUGACCUUAGGGCCAAUUCAAUUCCUUAAAAAAGAAGAAAAUUGAAAGAUAAUCCAGUGUUUGAAUGGAUAACACAGCACAGAGUUUGUCUGAGAUAAAAGCCUGCGCAAAGAUUUAAAUGGCACCAUUUUGUCAUAUUUUGUUGUAAGAUAUGUUUUGCUCUUUCAUGACUCCAGUGUAGAAGGUGGUGAACUGUUUGACAGAGUUGUUAGUGUCACAAGAUUUGAAGAACCUGUAGCAAAGCUUCUGUUUUACCAGAUGCUUGUAGCAGUAAAGGUGAGUGUCCUGUGAUCCUAAGGCAUAAGCCAGGGUAAAAAAAGAUACAACAUAAAAAAUAUCUUACUAAUCAGAUUGCACCAUUUGUGAAAGAAUGUUUAUUUAGGAGAUUUAUUUUAAUUGUUGUUUUUCUAAAUAUUCACCAAGUGGGAUCAGUAUUUAUCAUAUUAUCUGUUACACUUUGUGAGUCAUUAUUGCUCUUUACAGCAUAUGACACUCUCAAUAAAUUUUUACCAUCAGUGAUAAUAAUCAAUUCUAUGUUUGGGUUGAUUUCCAGUAUUUACAUGAUCAAGGAAUCACUCACAGAGAUUUAAAGGUACAAAUGAAUAAGAAAAAUUUUGCAACACUUGGAAAAUUGUUAUUGAAAUUCAAAUUAUAUGUUUUUUAAUGGUUUCCUUCAUUUUUAGCCAGAAAAUGUCCUUUUAAGUUCUGAGAAGAAUGAAACCCUAAUCAAGGUGUGUAUUUUUACAACUUUUUUUUUAAAUGCAAUAUUACUUUUCAAAUUAUUUUCCUCUUUUGUGUUAAUGUAUCAAUUUCUUUUGAGUUGAUUUGAUGAAAAAAUUUGGUAGCUUAACCCAUUCACUCCCUAGGAGUGGCCAAAAGGAAUUUCUCCUUACAAAUCAAUACCUUUCCAGACAGAAGGAUGACGAGAAUAAAGAAAUAUGCAACUAUGGGGUACUAUUUGAUUUAUGCUAAAUUCUCUGCUUGAAGCGUUUGACCCCAAGAGUGACUAACAUCUGGUUUUCCAUUACAAUAUCGCCCCUGAAUCAUACAGGGAGGCGGGGAGACCUGCCAUGGACUUGCAUCCCAUCUAGGGGGAGUGGCAUUAUUCCUAUGCUGUGGAAACAAGCAAAGCUGUGGUGAUCUAAGGCACUAGAUUCACAUGCAUCGUUUCACUUUGGAAUUGCACAAAAAUAUUCAAUUAUGUUCCUUACACAGAUUACUGACUUUGGUCUGUCCAAAGUAGUUGGAGAACAGAGUCUGAUGAAGACAUUAUGCGGGACCCCUAGUUACCUGGCACCAGAAGUCCUCUUGACAGCUGGCAUGGGAGGGUACUCUAAAGCAGUUGAUCUGUGGAGCUUGGGUGUUAUAUUGUUUAUAUGGUGAGUGAGGCACUGACUGCAGUGUAGUAAAGUUUGCAUUUAAGUGAGGAGUAACUUGUUCUUUAGCUGGCCUACUAGAAUGAAAGUGCUGAUUCUUAAAGGAAAUUCUACAUACUUGUCGAGAAGAAGAAUGUUCCACUGCAAGCUCCUUGUUACUGCUUGUUUCAAAAUGAUUUUACUCUCACUCAGCAUAAUUUUAUUUCUCUCACAGUCUUGGAGGUUACCCUCCCUUUUCAGAAGAAACAAAGAAGCACACACUUCACGAGCAGAUUAUCAAAGGCAUCUACUCUUUUCCAAAAGCUUAUUGGAAAUCUGUCUCACCCGAAGGUACUAACUAAAAAUGAUAAUCUUCUACCGUAUUAUUUUGGAGAUGCAAGUAGAGAGGUUACAAAGGAAAAAGAGAAACGAUUAACGUCACUCAUUCCGAAUAAUAAUUGAACUACAGCAUCGCAGAAGACUGUCUUUCAGCUCAGAGACAAAGCAAGCCACCUUUUUUUCCCCUGCAAUAUUACUCUUAAAAAAGCAUCAAAAGAAGUUCCAAUGGUCACUUUAUAAAUGCUUUCUAUUUUUCUUUCAUUUAGCCAUUGAUCUAAUAAAAAAACUUCUAACUACGGAUCCGCAGAAAAGAAUAACUGUGGAUGGAGCGUUGCAACAUCCCUGGAUUUCCGUGAGUAUUUGUCCGUGAACACGUACAGUAUACAUUCCCACUUGGCUUCUUGUUCUUGGCGUUUUCUUUUUUCCACUCCAAUGUAUGUGCGUUCAUGACCAAGAGUGAGGUCAAGAUGACUGGAUCUUGGGCGUGUUCUUUUUUGCGUUCUUAUGGAUCGAGACAAGUCGAGAUCCAUAAAAAGGAAAAAAUGAACGAGGCUAAUAUCCAGUCAUCGUGACCGAACAAGCUUGGUCAAUGAAGGAUUUAUUUUAUGGUAAAGAAGAAGCAAUACUUGUUUGAAGGGAAAGAUAGCCAACCGGUUUUAUUGCAAAAUUAACAGACAGGAGUCGUUUAUGUUUUCUUUGUUUUAACUGUCUUCUGCCGCUUUUUGCGCUUCUAUCGUCCACGUUGUCCAAGAAUUUCAAACUUAAAGUGUCCGCUCCAAAUAAUUUUUUCCGGAAUCAAAGCGGGCAAUCCCGAGUGGGCAAGAUGGGUCCAUAUUGCCCGCUCGGGUCGCCAAUCAGAACACAGGAUUCGCUUCAUAUAGCCCACGGGCACUGCCAGCGAUAGCAUAGAACGAGUGGUUGUGGUGACUCGAUAUUAUCCGUGGCACAAUUGGAUGUGGUGUAAUUAUCAAUUUAUUGCUGAUUAAACCCAAUAUAGACCAGUUUUCGAUUCAGUAGGUGGCCUGUAUUGCUGCUUUUAACAUAAACGAGCCCUGACCAUGUGACUGUUUCACUCCUAAUAAAAUUAGAUUUCUACCUUUCCUUUUACUACCGUUCGUGAGUGACGCGCAGCCUUACGCUGAGCGGGUUGGACUCUGGGUCAAGAGGUCUGGGUUCUAUAGCUGGCCGGGUCAUUGUGAUGUGUUCUCAGGCGAGACACUUUACUUGCUCAGUGUCUUUCCCCACCCAGGGGUAUACAUGGGUACCAACAAACUGACAGGGAAGCCUGCUGAGAUGCAGGGAGGAGGGGGAAGGGGAGCACUUUUUAUGACGUUUGCUUUUUUUUUCUGUUUUUUAUCCAGAAUGACGAAAAAGUGAUAGAGAAGGCGAAUCAGUUGAUGGCUGCAGUGAACGCUGAUAUGCCUCCACCUUCUGGACCUGUAAGUAUUGGACCGAUAGCCCUUUCUUGUUUAUCGUACGAGAUAUCUCCUGCAGUGUGGUUUGCAUCGUUUGCAUCGAAAUGUCAUACUCAGGAAUCUGUCUGUCUGUUGGUUUUUCUUUCUGUCUGUUGUUUUAUCUGCCUGUCUGUCGUUCCUCUUGUGUCUGUCGGACUGACUUUCUGUCGGUCGGUCUGUGUACCUGUCUGUCAUUCUUAGCUAUCACUCUUUGGUCCUCUGGCCUGAGCCCUUAGUCUUUUGUUUUUCGAUUGAGUGUCGUAAAACCAACAUCACCAUUCAAUCACAACAAAGCUCAGAUAUUCAGUAAAUAUCACAAGGGGCCAACAGAGCUCAAAAUAGAAACACGUAAACUACUUUAAGCGCGGGAAAACGUAAGUGACCAAUUCGCGAUUGAUUUGAUUUUGCAUCUGAUUGGUCGAGAGAGGGGUCCGAGUUUUCUUCAACAGUCAUAGACUGUACAAGAGCAAAAUCAAUGCAAUGCUGUGUUACUUCCAACCUUCAGUUGAAAGCUGCGUUAUCUCCGCCACAAAGGGGUCUGAUUCUACCUAAAGGCUCUACUUUGUAAGCACAACUUUUUUUGUUCUUCAUUUCACAGGUUCCGAAGAAGAGGCACCCAUCUGACGAGGAUGACGGCCCUAGUCCGAGACGAAAACGAAUUUCCACGGACAUUGUUGAGAGUGACAGUACCACGGUUCUGUCGUGACAGUGCCACAACUCUGUCGUGACCAAACCAAGUUUAGUCACUCAAUGCUUAGGAAAAGGAUGUGACUGUUUGUUAAGAACCGUUGAUGGCGGCUGGUGGGAAAAAAGUGAUACAAUGUUAAAAUGUGCUCCCAAAUAUAUAAUGGAACGGUUGUGUCAACUGUAUUGUCAUGUAAAGGGGAAGGGUUAAGGAGCUUAAUUGUUCCCUCUGUUGUAUGACUCGGGGUUGAGGAAUGGAGCAGCUUUUUGUGGCAUUUUGAUCGAUAUGCGAGGGUUUCUUUUAAGUUGAAUGAUAUAGAAUAUAAGAACUACAGAAUAUGAAAUGUAAGUAGACCCAUCUGGUAGUUUACCAGGUAAGAUAUAUAAAAUGAGUUAUUCCUUGCUCCAAGAUAGGUGAUCGUUUAUAAAUUUUUAUGCUUGUUAAACAAGACAAUUAUUGUUCAGUGUUGGGCUUUGUUUUGCUCGGGUAUUAAAG